AUGUUCAAAUUCCAGGCUCUCCUCCGUCACUUUUCCCGACCGGCACAAUCUUCACAACAACACCGACGGUUCAUCCAAAAUGCUUGCCUGUACACUCUGUCACAAUCGCAAGGUCAGUGCAUGUGUCCAGAAGGCUCUGUCUGGAUGAUCAACACCGCCUCGGUCCAAUCGGAUCUAGUCAUGGCUUGGUCAGAAGGGCUAACUUCCUCCAGAAAGCGUCGUCGUGCAGGAACUGCUCCCAGUGGUCGACAGCCCGAUGAUCAUGGCAGUCAGGGUUACCGGGAUCGCCAGAGCGUUUCCCAAGCGUCUGGCGUAGGCGUAGAGAUAUCCGUGGAACAACCUGCAUAUCAAACUCCAUCCACAAGUCAUGCCACCACAUACAUCGGCAGAGGCCACUAUAUUGACGACGACGACGAGAUAGAUGAGACCAGUGCUCGUGCAUUCGAACCUGCCCAGAUCAAGGUAGGCCCUCAUGCUACCACCCAAAAGGAAACAUUGGUUCUAUGGAAAGCUUUCGACGUACCUCCCCAAGCAGCACGCCAGAGCCUGCUGAGUGCUUUCCUCGAUUAUUGCAAUCUAUGGACGCCCGUUCUGGAACCGAAGGACAUUCAAGAACUUUCAUGUUUUGACCAAGAAAAGAGUUCAAUGCUCGUGGCACAGUCAUUGUGGCUGGCCGGUAGUCGAGUCACGAGUGCACCUUCUGUAGUUGCCUUUGCAUCAUCAGAUGACUUUUAUCACCGGGCCAAAGCAGUCUUCUGGUCUGGAGUAGAGACGGAUGGAAUGUCUGCUAUCAAGGCUUCAUUGAUGCUUCAGUGGUACAACCCACAGGCUCCUGAGCAUAUAUCGUUUGACAACAGCGGUUUCUGGCUCAAGAUUGGGGUUGGCAUCGCCCAUCAGAUUGGCCUCCACAAAGAACCCCCUCCAGGACCAUCCAAGGCGAUUCGUCGGAGGCUGUGGUGGAGUUUAGUGGUGCGAGACUCAUUAAUCUCAGUCGCGCAUGGCAGACCACGAGUAAUAAAUCUCGAUGACAGCGAUGUCCAGCCCCCGAUGGCAAGCGACUUCCCAGACUCCCUCUUCGCAUUCCAACUGUUCUCCGCCUGGGUCAAUAUCUGCCAAGUACUUGGAGAUAUCUCAUCUUGCUGUAUGAGACGGCAUAUGUCACGAACAAAAAGACUCUACAUCGUGAACGCGUUGUGCUGUUGGACAACGAGUCUGCCGCAAGAGCUCUGGGUCGCGCCAAGCAACCAGCCACCGCACAGCUAUUUUGCGAACAGUCACAACUUGCCAGCACGCCAGUUGUAUUUGCCAUACUUCACUAGCUUAAUCGUGCUUUCUCGAAUGCAACACUCGGCUGGGUCGUUGUCGGUAGUUGCAACGCUGGCUGCAUCAUUUGUCGCCCGCAUUUUUGAGGAUUUCCUGGCCAGAGACGAGAUCAAGGUUUUGGCACCGAUCAGCACUCGGUAUUGCCUCAUUUCAAGUAUGGCACUGGUGUCGGUCAUGCCUGAUAAGCGAUUAUGGGAUGCUGUGCAACCAGACCUUGAGAUACUCCAGCUCGCGCUCACCGAACUUUCGAAGCGUUGGCGAUCGGCAAUUGGGGCUUCUAGAGCUCUCCAAAAUGCUAUCAAGAAGAGACAACAACAUGAUAGACCUCAGCUAUUGCCGUAUAUGGAGCACUUUGAGUCAACAGAUAUCUUCAAGUCCGGUGGAUACCCAAGGGCAAAUGCCUGUGGUAAUGCAACCACCAACUGA